AUGCCCAUCAACGAAUCCAUUGAGCAUCCAUUCGCUGCAAACCGUCCGCAUAUGCGCACAAACCAGCAUUUCGUAUCAAUUCCAUUCUCAGCUGGAUCAACUACUUCCUCAACCCAGACGGAUCCCGAUUCUGCAAUUUUUUCUCCCCCGGCCUCUCCAAAUGGCGCGUUCCUGAGGCUUCCUUCGCUGGCAAUAAGCUCGAACUGGAUUCAAGAAGAGAAAACCGAUGACGAGACGGAUACAAAUUUUCUUCCGUCACCCAUUGAUCUUCCUUCACCCAUCAUCCAGGAUCCCAUCGGCGAAGGUGGUCAAUUCCCAGCUCGUGGACAUAGUUUUUUCUCUUUUCCGAAUCCAAAAAUAGGGACAAAUGAGAAGCGCUUCCCGCUUGAUCGUACGGGGCUCCCUCCUAUGACUCCGUUGGGCUGGCCAUAUUCAGUCGCCCCGGAUGCUACACUGAGUGAAAUCAUGGCUACCAUUGUCCCAGGAUCCCCUGAAGCACGCUUCUUUGAUGUUCUUGAUGAAGAAUUGCGAAAGGUCAAUAUGUUCUUCAAGGUGCACGAGCGAGAGGCUAUUGUCCACGCUGCUGUCCUCCAGAGACAACUCAAAGGGUUGAAGGAUCACAGGCGACUUUUUCAUGAGAAAUUCCCGGUUGCGCAUUCGCCUUGGAUUGUCCCAACUGACUUCCGCGGGACUGUUGGGCAGCUCCUUCCGCCGUACAACCUUCAGCGUGACAACGCGCUGAAGGGACACCGAGGGAAGUUCACCAAACAAUUUAAGAAACCUAAUGAGGAGAAACUGCCCAUGGAUCCCGAUGACUAUGUAAGGAAUAAGCGGAAGUUGAAAAAGGCUGUCCUUGAGCAAUAUCGCGGUCUCGAAUUACUGAACAAUUAUCGAAUCCUCAAUUUGACCGGGUUCCGAAAGGUACUCAAAAAGUUUGAAACCGUGACAAAAAUUCCAGUACAAAAACAUACAUGGCGGAAAGGGUUAGUCGAUAAGUGCACCUUCGCAGGCGAUUCGCGAAUAUUAGCCAUCCUGAAGGAGGUCGAAGAUGCAUUUCCGAAAUGUUUCGCGGUUUUGCAGGGUCUCCACCUCUCGUUCCAAAGUGAGACAAGGAACGCAAUUCCAGAAUGGGAAGACCUCCUUCAGGCUUACGGCGCUCUAUUCAUUCUCGUGCUAUUUCCUUUACUCAUCAGUUCCAACAUCUUUGUUUGGACCCGAUUCCGCAUCAACUAUGCAUUUAUAUUUGAGCUCGACAUGCGCAGUACAAUCAACCCGCGAAAGUACCCAGAAGUUCCUGCAUUCCUUUUCUUAACGUUGAGUUAUUCGUUCUGGCUCUCAUUCGCACGUUUCGGUGCGGUGCUGCCAAACACAUGGCUGCUAGAUCGGCUCGAUAUUGGCUUGUACGAAAAUGCGGGAGAUUGUUGUUGCCUGGGCACCGGCGCGUUGAUAUUUCUGGCUCGGAGACCAGGUCGCCAGUCUCACCUAUACGCUUGGGUCGUUGGGUGUCAUAUUUUCUGUCUUGACUCCCAAGCCGGGGGUUCUAAUAUCUCUGGCAUCGCCCACCAGUGGGGCUUGACUUUUGCCCUCAGCGCAUUUCCAUUCGCCAUCCGGUUCAUGCACUGUAUCCGACGCUAUGUCGAUAACCUAUCUCUUCACCUCAUUAAC